AGAGAGGAGAGAGGAGAAGAAGAAGAAGAUGGUGGUGGUUCAUGUGCAGGCGGCGGAGUCGGAAGAGUUCCUGUACGAGUGCCCCUCCUCUUCGACCAUCGACGAGAUCGCCGAUUCCAUGUGCGACAUCGCCACUCUCCAGUCCAAGAUCCAUACCCUCUCCCGCCUCCUCAGACGCCGCGCCCUCAUGGACGACGCUUUCCGAGAAAGUUAUCCAGAUGUCGCGCUUGCUCUGGAGAGAACGUUAUCGGAAGCCGAGGUUUAUGCUUCUAAGGUUUCUCCUCCUCCUCCUCCUCCUCCUCCUCUUGAGCUUCAUCGUUCUACGUCUUAUAAGAGAGAUCUCUAUUGGGACCAGGUUCAGUACAAACGGUUCUUGUCGCCUCAUGCCCUCAGAGCACAUAUCAAGAGCAUUGAGAAGGAAGUCAAGGGUUCUCAAUUGAUGAGCUUGUCUGAUUUAAAUCUUUCACAAUUCUUUUCUGGUACUUCUUCUGUGUAUAUUACUUAGAAUGUUGUCCAUGUGCUAUGCAUUAAUUUGAGUUACUCAUGAUCAUCCAUUAAUUAAAAACAUGAUUCAUUUUCUUAUUUGUUUGUCGGUUAACAUGAAAUCUCAAUGAGGGAUUCUUGGUUCGAUGCCAAUAAUACCUAAUUAUAAGUGGUUAGUGAUGAGGUGUUACCAGCUAGGAACUUUGUACACCUUGUUUUGAUAGCAUUCAGCCUGUGCCUGUAAAGUUUUACUCAUUUGGUUGUUAAAGGUAGGAUAAGUAUUCAAAAACAUACAAUAGAAGGUGGCAAGAAGAUCAUGGAGGAUACCUAAGAGAGACUAAAACACACAUUUUAUUAGGUUAGCUUGAGUAUGAAAAGUAACAAGUACGUUAGGUAUAAUUGUAUAAGGUCCUGGAGCAUUCGCUACUAGUGUAAGAAUCACUCAUUAUUAACUAGUCUGCACAACAUUGUUGGAUACUUGUCUGGCUGCUUGAGAUGAUCUCAUAAACCUGUUCGACAAGUUUGUAAGCCGUGAGUGCUAUUUCCUUUUGCACCUUAGCCUUUUGAAAAUUUUUACAUGCUGUUUUCAGUAGUUAAACCUCCAUGCACCCAUAUCUUGGCAAGUUCUCAGCCUACAGUAAGCUCUGAGUUAUCUUGUACAUUGCAAAUCCCAAAGGGCCAUGAAGAAAUUCAGUCCUUUUGAAAGUCAUUUUCAGUAAUAAAAUUCCAGUUAACCAUAUCUUGGCAAACUCUCAGCCUAUGGUAGGCUGUCCAAUAUCUUAAAUUGCAUGCCCUGGUGGGUCCUAAAGAAAUUCAGUCACUUUGGAAGUAGCAUAACAGAAUCAACCAGCUAUUUUGCCAGCCCUAUUUUCUGAAAUAGAUAUUUUUAGAGUCUUGGCAAUUGAAGGGUGUAUAGUAAUGAUGGGAGAUGCUUUCCUUUUUAGGUCUCUAUCGAGGAUAUGAUAGGCUACUUGAAGAAAGCUGUCAUUCAUAGUUUAGUAGCAUAGAUUUCUUCAUUUUAUGCUGCUUUUACUUUUAUAAACUAGAAAACACUUACCCUGAAAGGAUUGUGGAGGAGAGGAGGAGUAGCACGACUUCCCUAUGAUAACAUUUUGAGAGGAGAUCCUCUUGAUUUGUUUAUGUAUGUGCUAGAACUACAUCCAGAAGUAAACUCUGGGAUUAACCAUGCAUAUUAACUGAACUUAGUGGCUUUUGGAGUGGGGAAAGAGGGGUAGCAUGACUUUGCAAUGGUAAGUGAAAAAUAGGAUAUUGAAUUUCAUUUUAACAACUAUUUUAGAAGUUAUUUCCUAUUCAAGUAUAAGUAGUUUGGAAAGCUCACCAGAUUUGAUGUCAUAACAUUGUAUUUAUACAAUGUACCAAACAAAUCAUUCAUAAAGUUCAAAGUAAGAGCAGUUGAUUGGGAAUUUGGAAGCCAAGCAAUAAUCUCCCUAUCAUACAUUAUAAUACCUAUCCAACCGUUACCUAAUCCUAGAACGAUGCUUCCCAAUAUUAUAUUCUUUAUGUAGGAUUGUUCCAUAGUCUAUCAGAUUUUUAUUUGAAAGAGCCUCAUAUCACAAUUAAAAGAUUUCAUGCCAGCAUUGCUACCAAAAAACCUCUCACUUCACCAUAAUUCUUGGAUAUAUGCAUUAAAUAGUUUCGGAUGCGAUUCCUAUAUCGUCAUUUCAAGUGGGGUAACUAAACCUGGGCAUGCAUUAAGGACAUGAAGGAAGGUAUAAGCUAGCUAGAUGCCUUAGAUCAAAAGUGAAUUGUCCUUCUUGAGAAACAUAAAAUAGAUCUGCUUGUUUGGGGCCAACUUCUACUUAGAACUUAUAUAUCACAUUCCCAUGUUUAGCUUCCUUAAGAAGGGUCACUUGUUAUGAGUUAGAGUCAUCGAAAACCUCUGACCGGUAAUUUUUGCAUGCUCUUUUAGUGCUUUCUACCACCUUUUACCACAUGUUUACAAUUUUAUCAAAGCUUACUUUUUAUUGAACUAUUUAUUGUCAAUCACAAUCUCAAACCACCAAAAGAUAAUUCCAAUGACAUGCCCUUGCUUUUGAGAGGCAUCACUAAGACAAAGGUAUCAUAUGCAAGUUAAAAUUGGAAUUCAAGUGCCACAAAAUCUUGCAAUUGGAAUCCAUUAAUUAAUCCAUGUUACAUAGGAUUGUGAAGGUUUGGUGCAUAAGCAAAUGAGACACAUUUCUUGCUUUACAAACCCACAUGUGGGGUUAGUGGGGCUUACAACUGAUUCAUGAUUGUUUAAGUUAAGUGCUGAAUGUUAAGCGUCCACAUUUUUUAUAUGCAAAAGACCAGACCAUCAACCUUCUUAAGUUGGGGAGUAAAUGUUCCCAUUGGUGUGCAUCCUAUAGGAAUUGAACCUACAAAUUUGCCAACUAUGAGUUGGGCGCUUUAACUAUUCAGCCAUGGAUGCUUAA